UUGAUAAUCUAUAAAUUUUAAUUCAUCAAAAUAACAAAACUGACGUGUACCUAACAUAAAUAAUAAGAAAUUUUGUGUUAUAUGUAGUAUAAAAACACUAUGUCGGACACGGAGAGAUUGGUAAAUACUGAAGGAUCGGAGGGCGAACAAAGGUCGGAGGGCGACCGCCCAGCAACAUCGGAACGAGAAGCUUACUUCCAGGCUUUGCGACUAUGGAUUCAACAAGCGCAGAUGUAUCAAAACAUAUCGACAUGUUUCCCAUACUAUAUGAUGACUUUACAAGGACUCCAGAACAAUACAACAAAUGUUCCUCUAUUAAAUAAUAACUAUCAAUUUCAUGGUCAGAACUUCCCAUUCCAAGUCCCAAUUCAGGCUCGUCCUCCCGGAGACAACCAAGCUCAACCUGAACCAUUCUCACCAGCUGAAAAAUUUUUAAUAUUUGUAGUUAUAGCCAGACAUGGAGGCUAUGAAUAUGUGAUACCACCGCUAUAUAAAAGGAUGAUUGCGGAGUUUAUUGAUUUCUUGCUGCUCUUCAUUCUUAAAUUGAUUGUGACCUGUAUUGCUGUUGACCUGUUUGGGUUAAUUGACUUGGAUAAAUUUGAUUUCUACAAAUUCAGUGAAGCCUAUGAUGAUUACAAAUAUGCUUUGGAACUCACAACGGAACUCCUCUUCUUGGAAAUCAUUUAUAGGGCCCUGGUUUGCGUAUUCGAGGCUUUCUGCUUAAGUAGCAGUGUUGGGAGGACGGGGGGUGCUACACCUGGCAAAGCUCUUCUUGGUCUGAGAGUGGUGACCGCUUCUGCCAUAAUACCAGUGGAAGGUAGACCCCGCGAGACAGUUCUAUUACAUCCUGGCAAACCUUUAAGCUUCCUUCUAGCAUUAACGCGCUCCUUAAUAAAGAACUUCCUAAUCACCCUCUUAUUUCCCCUAUGCCUCAUUCUGUUUGUUUUCCGUCACAAUCGUACUGGUUAUGACUUAGCAUGUGGCGUUCUUGUUGUUGAAGAAAAUAUGUUCCCACCAAGGCGGCAUGCACCGUAACCAUAUAUAAUAGUUCCGUUAUCCUGGGUAGGGUUAAACCGAGUUCAACUCAAUAACAGCAGGUAAACAAAAAUUAUGUAUCUAAUUUGGAUUGCCAUAACAUUCUGUUAAAUUUGUAAAACAUUUUCAAAUGUGGUGUAAGCACCACACACAGUCUGUUUUAAACUUUUUACAUACUUAUUUAGAAAUAGGAUAAUCGAAGUAUGUGUUUAAUAAAGCAAUGAAUUUCAAUGUUAUUUAUGUUAAAAACAAUACCAAAUAUUAACGAAUAGGUCUUAGCGAGUCUAGGGUACUUUCAUAAUGUGAAGUAGUGGAUACUAUGGUUCGUGAUAUUACAAAUUAUUACUCUGUAAAUAAUUACUAUAAUAAAAUUUAGGUAUAUA